UUAAUUCCCACAUUAAACAUUUCCACCACCACCAUGUCCUCCGACCACCACCACCAGCAACACCGUCCCAGCCGCCUCUCUCUGCCACCACGAACGACCACACCCCAAACCCUAACCACCACCCCGAUCACCCCAUCUCGCCACUACCCACCUUUCACUCCAAUCCCAACCCCAUCCAAACUCCGCCACCGUCUUCCGCCACCACCAAAAUCCAAAAAAACCUUAACCCCAUCUUCCCUUUUCAUCCUUUUAUUUUCUCUCAGAUCCCUUUACUCUUUACUCCCUUUUCUUCAAUCUUCCCCCUCAUCUUUCUCCGUUUUUCCAUUUACAUUUCUUGUUUCUCUUUUUUCCCUUUUUUUAUCUCUAUUUUUCUCCAUUCUAAAACCAAAUUCUAAUAAAUCAAUUAUCAAUUUUCAUCAUUCUUUAUCAAAGUUACAACAAAGGGUUAUCAUAAUCAGAUCACUUUUGUUAUCUAUUGUGUUUUUGAUUCGGUUUCAGGCUCUACGAUACUGCGGUACUGCUGCGAUGAUCCUCGCGGAAACUUCGGGUUACGUCGUUUCGCAUUUUGUCAAGGGAAGGAGCUCGGGUUAUGACCCGGUGAAUUCGAAUAAGGUUCGUGGGUUUUUCGCUGUUUUUAUUGGGUUAUUGUUGUUGUCUAUUAGUUGGGAUAGAAUUGAAUGCUUUCCCUUUUCGUUUGUUAAUUUAGGGACUUUCGGGUUUGGGUCGUUUUUAGUUGGGGAUAGAGAGAAAUGUGUUAGGAUUUGGCCAAUGUUGCUUCCGUUUUUGUCGGGUUUUUUGACUGGGUAUGAACAAAAGUCUAUGAAUUGGGGGGCCAUUAGGGAGUUGGGUAGGAAAGAGGUGAGGCUGGUUUCGUUGUUUUAUACGACUAUCGUGCUGUUUGUUCCUGCCGCGGUUAGUAUGUUGGUGUUUGAAGCUGAGGGUGAUAGUGUUUCGUUUAGUACCCUUAUAUGGCCGCUAGCGAAUACUGUUGUGUUUGGGGUGCUUUUGAGUGAGUACUAUGGAGAUGAGAAGGUGGCAAGUUUGAAAGAUUUUCGAAAAGAGUUUCUUGUUACGUUUGUAUGUACUCUUGUACUUGAGUUGCUUUAUUACCCAGAGCUUUCCCUUUGGGGGUUACUGAUAUGCGGAAUGCUGCUUGGAGUUGGUGUGAUGGAAUUAGACCCUGUUCGAUUGAAUUCUUUGGAGUUAGGGUUGGAGUCGCCUGAUACGUUUUUGAUUUCGGUUAUGAAGUCUGUUAGGCAUAUAUUGAGUGAAAGGAAGUCAAGAAAGAUUGCGCUUUUUCUCUUGAUUAAUACUGGUUAUAUGGUGGUGGAAUUUGUUGCUGGUUUUAUGAAUAAUAGUCUUGGGUUGAUAUCUGAUGCGUGUCACAUGUUGUUUGACUGUGCUGCUCUUGCGAUUGGUCUUUAUGCUUCUUAUAUUGCACGGCUGCCUGCUAAUGGUCAGUAUAAUUAUGGUCGUGGGAGGUUUGAGGUUUUAUCAGGUUAUGUGAAUGCCGUGUUUCUUGUUUUGGUUGGGGUGUUGAUAGUGUUGGAGUCGUUGGAAAGAAUUUUGGAACCUCAGGAGAUUUCGACCUCUAGCCUGUUGACGGUUUCAAUCGGAGGGCUUGCUGUUAAUGUGGUUGGGUUGAUCUUUUUUCACGACGAGCAUCAUCAUGCCCAUGGUGGAGGCGCAUCAUGUUCACAUUCUCAUACUGGUUCUGAUUCACAUGACCAUGCUGGACAUGAUCACAAAAAUGCCAACAAACAUCGAGAUGAUCAUGUCCAUGACCAUGAUCAUGACUAUGAUCAUCAUCAUAAUCACCAUGACCAUGAGCACCACCAUGAUCAUCAUCAUAAUCACCAUGACCAUGAUCAUCACCAUGACCAUGACCAUGACCAUGAGCACCACCAUGAUCAUCAACAUCAUCAUGACCAUCAUGAUCAUCAACACCACCAUGACCAUGAUCACCACCAUGAUCACCACAGCCGUCAACAUCACCAUGACCUUCAACACCGUCAUGAUCAUAAUGAUCAUGAACACCAUCACGAUCAUGUUCCCAUCAGCUCAAUUAGAGAAGAUAAACAAAAGCACCAUCACCAUCAUGUUGAUCACAACAUGGAAGGCAUCUUCUUGCAUGUUUUGGCCGACACUUUGGGAAGUGUAGGGGUUGUUAUUUCAACCCUUCUCAUUCAGUACAAGGGAUGGCUCAUUGCUGAUCCUGCUUGCUCUAUCUUCAUAUCUAUAUUAAUUGUGUCUUCGGUGAUACCCUUGUUAAGGAACUCUGCAGAAAUUUUAUUGCAAAGAGUUCCUAGAGCGCAUGAAAAUGAACUUAAAGCAGCAGUGAGUAGUAUUAUGAAGAUAAAGGGUAUCCGAGGCAUCCAAAACUUUCACAUAUGGACUCUUGCAAACAACGAUGUUGUCGGUACUCUUCAUAUAUAUGUUUCUGCUGAAACGGACCAGGUUACUACAAAGGAACAAGUUUCCAACAUUUUACAUGAUUCAGGUAUCAAGGACUUGAUGUUACAGGUAGAGUAUGUGAAAAGUUAGACUUAAAUGUCUGCCCACUAUAAGAAUCUUGAAAUGGUUCCAAGAUUCAAACUUUGUGAACGAGUACGGCUGUUUUGAGCCAGCUGACAGACAUGUGAACUAUUUUACCAAGCUUCUAUUUGCACGCUCAAGAUUUGUCAGUCGUUUAUGUUCGGUUUUGUGGAAAAAAAGAGAAGUGUAUCUGAUCAUGCAAUUGUUGGAACGGAUAUCAGAAAACAAAGAUGGUAAUUUUCUGGUUGGAUUUCUAACAAAACAAUUAGAGAGAGACCUGUGUCUAUGGUUGACCUGAAAGUUGAUAUUGCAACUGUAAGAUAAGGAGGCGGCGGUGGCAGUAUUGACGGUUGAAAAGCUGAAACAUUGGUAUCGAACAGAACAGCCUGCAGCGUUGGAGAGAGAUGUAAUUUUAAACAACUUCACAUGUAAACAAACGUAAUACGAUUUUGGCAAAGUUAGACAUAUACAGUGAAUUGAUGGUGUGCUGGUAAUUAGUGUACCAUCAUCUCAAUAGUAGUUUUGAUCGAGAUUUCCAAGCUGAAGGUUGUUUAAUGCUGCGGAAACCUUAAUGAAAAUAGCACUUUUGACGCAUUUUAGGAAUUUCCCAGUGCGCAAAUUUUUUUGUUGCCUAUAUUUGAUCCGUAAGUUACUUUUGUGUUAUCAUUUAAAGAGUUUUUUUUAGCAGAAAA